CCGUCCUCUCGUACAGUGUCUUUGCUCCUCCGUGCGUUCUGUAUGCAUGCUUUUCACCCUCGCUCAUCUACCCCCCGCUCUGUCGCGGGAAAACAGUGGCCCGGGGUAGAAUCGGGCAAUGCAUAUCUCUGUCUCUCAACCUGUCUAUCUUUUUUGUGGAGCCGAGUGCUGCACUGCCGAUAGGAGGGGAGUUUUUGAUCAGUCACACUGGACUGACUGACUGACUGGGAAUGUUAUGCCGCGUCCCCUCCUCCUCUCAUUCUCUCUCUCUAAUCUGACAUUUGAGAAACUCGUCCGUGCUCACGAUUGUAAUUAGAAAAAUGCUGAAGCAGAAGUGCAUUAAUUGGCCCAGCCACUGUGCAAUUGUAUGUAUUGCAAUUGUUCGAUUAUAAAUGACUACAAAAUUCGAUGGACUUGCUUGUUAUUCUUCUACAAUCAAUCUACACUAUUCGCCAAUUCAGAAAAAAAAGAAUGUGAAACUCAAACGGGAGAAAUAUUUUCUCGGAGGACAAUACAUUUAUUCUAUUCGCCAGAUUUGAUGAUUUAUACAACUUUUAUCUUGAGAACUUUUAUUUUGAAGUGACUGUGACGCGCUCGCAUACCCGGAAGUUCACUUCACAACAUCAACUGGCGGGGGGGGGAAAGAGGAGAGGACACGGAGAAAAGAAGUAGCUUUAAUUAAAACACCAAAGUGACUUUUCCAAACAACCUUUUGGAGUAAUUUCAGGCGUCCUUUUAAAAAUUUCAAACUCACUUGCAAAUGUUCUGAGAGCAGAUAGUGUCACAUGGAGACUAUUGUAAAGAACGUGGAGCGGACCAUGGAGCUACUCGCUGUGUCGCAGACAGAGACGGUGCAGCGGUGGGACAAACAGACCCUGGACAGAGUCUUCCAAUGGACUCAGUACUGCCAACACGUCUACACAAGGUUCCAUGCAAAUCCAACCGUCAGGGACAUCUUGGAAAAACAACUACAGGUGACAAACGAAAGUUUACGAACAACUUUUCAUGGGUAUACGGACAUCACGUUUUCUGACCUGUCGCAGUGUCAACACUUGCUGCUUGUGGGGUUACUAAACAACGCCGCUGUUCCGAGCUCAGUCGUCAAACUACUUUUCGACACUAUAACUGUUGGAGGUAAAUAUAAGGACGCCACCGGUCAUUGCACUGAACUCAUAGAAGUGAAAUCAGCAUGUAAAGUCUUAAGCGCCAUUCAUUUGAAACGCAGUACGUCCUUUCCCGGUCCCGAUAAUGACGUGUUAGGCAUGACACUGAUGGAGAUGUUGGAUAUCCUGCUCUCUCCAGCUACUGGCGGGUCCAAGGUGGGCCUAGCAGAGAAGUUAUUGGACAACAUCUUACAAACCUGUGGUGAAAAUGAAAACUUCUCAGGAGUCGUUGCUGCUGCUCUCCUGUCAAGGAAAAACGACAAAACGGCAACAACAACAAAAAUGGCUUCAGAAGGAGUUUCAUUCCACUUUAUCCUGGAUUGGCUGCAGCAACACCACAGUUUACUCCAUAAUAUGUGUUCCACGUUGCCUAUUGGUCUUUUGAUGGACCUCCACCAGCAGUCGGUGAGGUUUAGAGUGACCUACGGUGACAUGUUGAAGCAAUGGGGGUCACAGUUGGAGUAUGACGUGGGAGAAGGAGAGUGGGUUCAAAUGUAUACCACUGACGGGGUGUCGUUCAAGACACUGUCUGACCAUUAUAGGUCGUUGCUAGGGGCUUGUCCGUCAACAAAGGAGGACGUUGAGAGAGAACUGACAGAACUGAAGGUUGCAGAUGGGGACUUUGAUGUUAGAGGUCUGAGUGUUUGGGGUGACCUCCUCUCUGAGCUGAACAAGGUCUGAGUGUUUGGGGUGACCACCUCUCUGAGCUGAACAAGGUCUGAGUGUUUGGGGUGACCACCUCUCUGAGCUGAACAAGGUCUGAGUGUUUGGGGUGACCUCCUCUCUGAGCUGAACAAGGUCUGAGUGUUUGGGAUGGUCUUUUUUUUAAACAUUUUUUAAAUAUUUUUUUACCUGAAAUGUUAAUUAUCUAAAAACAUGUAAAACAUCAUCCGUUGCCAUCAGUUGAAACACAACAUGUUCUUGAGUACAGGGUGAUGCAACAAAUGAAAAAGAAAAUCAGAGUUGACUUGUUUUUAGAUAAUUGACAUUAAUUUAAAGGUAAAAAAAAAAUCAAUUUUUAUUAAUGCAAAAUGAAAAAAUAAACUAUAACUAUAAAAAUAAACUAUAAACAAUUUGACAACUCUGUUUGUAAGCUUCUAAAUGAAAUCGAACUCCAACCUUUUAUCUUUUCCAGUAAUGAAGACAUUACUGGAAAAGUAAUGGGGUAUGCAGAAUAGGUCAAAUUUGAUCACUUUUUAUCUCCUGAAUGUUUUGGUAACUUUCUGACCACUUCCCUCCAUGUAUGGUAAGUUUUUUUUAUUUUUUAUGAAAGCUGUCAAAAAGUGAAUUGAAAUGGAUUUACCCCCUCUCUUGAGCAGAACAAAGCCAUGUGUAGCCUCAUCAGUAUCCUGUCAUUGGGCAGUCAGUGUUCGUUGGACAAAUGUGGACGUUUGGCCUCGUUAGAUACAAUUUAUUUAAAUGUAUUUGUUAAAGGAUACAUGUUUUUGUGCUAAUACAUAUAUGUUUGUAUCAAUAACAGAAUAAAGAGGACUUUCAUUAAGCAAA